AUGGCCUCUGCCAGGAUGUACCUUAUAACGAGAUGCAUUCUGAUCUCCCUGAUUUGGAAGAGCAGCCUGGCUCUUUUAUGUCUGCCGUGUGAUGAGUCUAAAUGCGAGGAGCCAAAGCAUUGCUCCGGCGCGGUGGUGCUAGGUAUCUGUGGCUGCUGCUCCGUCUGCGCCAAGCAGAAAAACGAAAGCUGCGGCGGUGUCUACGGUCUGUAUGGGACUUGCGACCGCGGGCUCCGGUGCGUGAUCAGACCGCCGCUAAACGGUGGAUCCAUCACGCAGUAUGAGGUCGGAGUCUGUGAAGGUUUGUAUUCUAUUUACACUGUUUCAUCAUUAUGAAUAGGGACUAUGCUCUGUCUAAAAGUUCACAGAAAACACAUGUCCAUUGUACAAAGAUAGGGUUCCACUUUGGCUACGCAUGGCAGCCUAUUAUAAGCUAUCGAAUCAAAAUCAGAUAGUGGAAUACAAUGCAUAAUAGGCUAUAUAUUAUAUAGAAUGCAUUCAAAUUACUUGAAAAUAAUAGCAAUGAGCAAUGUUUGAGUUCUACAUAAUGUGCACUUGGCAUUUCUGUCAUUAAAUAUCAUAAAUGCUUAGGCCUAUUGCUCUAUUAGGCUACUAACAGUUAGUACACAGUAAUAGGCCUAAUAAUAAUGAUGAAUAUUAGAUUAUUAUUUUGUGGCUACUAGGAAGUUAUUACUAUUUUCAAAAGUGAAUGCUGUUGCUUUUCAUGCUGUUUAUUUCUAUAGUCAAGGUAGAGCUAUAACUUGCAGUUGCAUAAACAUGUCUCUCCAUGCUGCUGGUCUGGCAAAUGGUGGGGGUCUGGAAUAAGAGAGAGAUUGAGCAAGCGAGCUGGUUAAUGUGUUUGCAGCAUGUCGGUUUUCCAUUUCUUUAGGAUAUUGCUAACAGAUUCCUUGCUGUUUUUGGACGCGGUGCCAGCCCCUCUCUUUCCGCCGAGGCUUGUUGGUUUUUCAAUGGAAUGUCUGCUAUGCAACUCAAUUUACGCUUCAGCCCCGUAUAUUUUAUAUCGCCACAAACGAAUAGGACGUGCCCCGCAAAUAGGGUGCGCUACCUGGAAUCACAGGUGUAGCCUAUUAUAUUUUGUGGCCAUGUAGUGUUCGCUAUUCGCGGUGACUCAAUUAGUGACGCGGCUGGCUCUGGCUCUCUAGAAUGCUGUAGUUUUGCACAAGCUUAUGUAGCCUAAUUGCACUUGUUGAUGAAGGGGCUCGAGUCCUUGAACAUUGAAGAAAAAUUAAUCUUGAUCACAUCUGAGAGAUACAUGGGAGAAUCAAUAUGUUCAAUACCAACCCACUGGCCCACUUCAUUUCAACCGAUAAAAUUCAAUGUGAUGAUGUUGAAACAACGUGGAAAACUGAUUGGAUUUGCAAAAAGUCAUCAACAUAAGGAAAUUUUGUAUUUUUUCACCCAACUUUUCACCUAAAUCCAAUGACAGGGUGACAUUUUUUGGGGGAUUUCACGUUGAAUUCACGUUAGUUCACAACUCAACCAAAUGCAAAACUAGACAUUAAACUGAAGUCUGUACCCAGUGGGCACUCACUUCCAACUCUAUAGAAUCCCAGUGGAGAGGAAAACGGAUAUAAUGAUUUUAAAGUCCAUGUGAUAUCUGUUUUGUCUCACUCUGAAUACUUAAAUAAAAUCAAGCAGACUGAAUGUAACCAAAUCAUUCAAAUGAGAUUCAUAAAAUCCUACAGCUCAAAGAUAUGAAAGCUUUUUUCCAAAACAUUCCAAUAGCCUAUAUGUGUGGUGAGAGACAACCCUGACAUGAUUUAGUCCUCUAUGCAGCCUUACUGUAACCACAGACAGACAGAGCCUUGGAGGACGCCACAGAGGGAGACAGGAGGAGUCAUGUUUCAACAGGGGCGGCCAUUAAUGAAAACAUGUUGAUGAGCGUCUCAAAUGUUUGGCCAGUAAGUAGCCUAAGUUGUCUCUCAGGCAGGUGAUGAAUAGGCAGGUGGAGAAAACAGCAGCUAUAGUUUGUCUCUGUUAACGGUCCCCUGGAGGGUUGAACCAGAUCAAAGCAUGGAACGCCAGUUAUUGAAAGUACAGAGCAUGACCUUCGCCCCAUAGCGUACCCCCCCCCCCCCCCCCCCCCCCCCCCCCCCAUCUCCAACCUUAAAUGUUCCCCCCAUUCCCCACAGGACCUUUCCCCAACACAUUUAUAGUCGCCACCACCUUCCACCUCCAACCCCUAAUGUUCUCUAGCUGUCCCUCAGAGGCCCUAUAUUCACCCAGCACAUCAGAGCCCCAGUAUUCACCACCACUUACAUACCUGCUGCUGUUCAUAGUGUCACAGAGCCAGAGCACACAAUGUGUCAUGCCUCAUGACAGCUAAUGUCAGCUGACUCUUUAUGAAUGAUGAUGAGUGUCACAACGACGCAGGCGGUGCACAGGCCUUUGUUGGUGUAACACAGGGGGCUCGGCUCCGCCAUACCUCCGAGGUACCACAGUCUGAUACUGUUAUCAGCGGAGAGCGUCUCUCUUAAUGCGAAGGGUCAGAUUAAAUAAAUGCCAUUUAGCCCCUGAAUUUAUACCCAUGCAGUCCCAGGCUGGGCAGGUGUUGAAAUGAAUCCGAUCACAUUUCCAAAACCUACAGAUUAUGUCAGCCAGAACCAGUGACUCUCACUAAUCACACAAAGUUUGGACAAUCACACUGGGUAAGGGUAUAAGUUGCUUACCCCGAGCUCACCUCCAACAGAUGCCCAGAACAGUGCCUGGCUAACAGCUCACCUCCAACAGAUCCCCAGAACAGUGCCUGGCUAACAGCUCACCUCCAACAGAUCCCCAGAACAGUGCCUGGCUAACAGCUCACCUCCAACAGAUCCCCAGAACAGUGCCUGGCUAACAGCUCACCUCCAACAGAUCCCCAGAACAGUGCCUGGCUAACAGCUCACCUCCAACAGAUCCCCAGAACAGUGCCUGGCUAACAGCUCACCUCCAACAGAUCCCCAGAACAGUGCCUGGCUAACAGCUCACCUCCAACAGAUCCCCAGAACACUGCCUGGCUAACGGGACAACGUGUAACAAAGAGCACCAUCAGACUGGAGGCUCUCUGGAGGCUCUGGGGGUUCAGGGUCGUCCCACUUGGUUUGAUGGCCCUGCUGUGGAUGUUAUGUCUUUUUUCUGUCCCAGUUCCCCAGUUAGUGAUGUCGGAUGGUCAGGGUCUCAGGGGAUAUUAG